GCGAAGCAGAUGAUGGUUGUGAAGGUAACAGAUAUGUUGAUGAGGAUGAAGACGAAACAGAUGAUGGUUGUGACGGUAAUGGAGAUGUUGGUGAGGAUGAAGGUUCCGAUGCCUUUUAUUUUUAUAAAAUUUAUCCCAUAGGGCAUCGAUCUUAG